AUGAAUACAGAAAAGGCUACGACAUCUGCCGCGUCGACGUCGGUAGUGAAAUCGGCAGAAGUGACAAUUUCGUUGUUAUCGUCAGCAAAGAGAAGCGUUUGGUCAUGGCAGUCGAAUCCAAAUCCAUGGGUUCUCAAUGAAACAAAGGAAUGGACACGCUAUUCAGAUUUUGAAACGGAAUUUAUCGAAGACAAAUAUCUGAAGAAAGAGGAAAGUGAAGUUGAAGUGGGUGACUACGUUGUUGACUUAAAAAGCAUGGUACAAAUUAGUAAAGCCGACAGAAAUAAACAGAGAUCAGUUAAGCGAGAAGAAGUACCUGUAAGAGACUUUCUUAGAGAGGAACGAUUCUCUUAUCCAGAAAAAGCUGUCAAAUCAUUCGGAACUACUUAUAGAUCUAAAGUUAUCAUGGAAUGGAAGAAGAGAAAUAAAGCAAUAGAUGGUCAUUGGCCAGAAACGGUUGAGCAAGCAGCUCAAGGUAUUCUAAAAGAAGGGAAAUUAUUGAAGCAAGAGUUUGAAAGUCAGUUGAUUGCUGAGAAACUACGAGACGUGAAAGAUAAGCCAUACGAAAUUUUCCAUUGUUGUGCGCGUCUUUAUUCAGCUGAAUCAUUCUUAUACAAACUGGUGAACACUACACUAAGAAACGAAGAUAUGACUAAAGUUGAUACAUUAGGCGCGUAUUGUAAUGUGCUAAGGUACUAUUUACGCUUAAAUACACAAGGACCAGGAAAAACAGCUUUCUAUCGUGGUUGUACACUAACGAAUGAAAUGAUUGACGGAUAUAUACAGGCAGUUGGAACACAAAUUACUUGGCCUGCAUUUACUUCAACAUCGAAAUCACGUCAGCAAGCCGAACAAUUUGGAAAUACGUUAUUUAUCAUACGUCCGAGUGGACGCAUGGGAGGUCAACUACGUGACAUCUCCUACCUUUCUCACUAUCCACACGAAGAAGAAGUCCUUAUAGUAGCUGGACAUUGUUAUGACGUUGACAAAGUUGAACAUAAUCCGGACAAUGGAAAGUAUUUGAUUUAUCUGACUGCUGGUUAG